CACGCACCCCGCUGGCGCCCUCCCUUCCCGCUCUUCCUCUCUCCCCGUAUUUAACCCUCUGGCUGUGGGUCUCGCCGGGCGUGCUGGCAUCUGCUGCUCUGCCAGUCUCGCGUCGGUGCUGUCCCCUCUCGCUCCCGCGCCCUCGCCUGCAGCCCGGCUCGCGCCGCUCUUUCCCUCCCUCCUCCUCCGGGUCCCCCGGGCUCACUCGCCCCGAGCGGGACGCUACGCGCGCGGACGUCUCCGCGGGAACCGCGGAGGGACAGCUUCGCCGCUGCAGGUUGGGGUAGGUGCGGCCGGAGGAGUCUCAGCGGCGAGAGCCACCCGCGAGGAGGUCCGCACCAGCAUGGCCCGAAGGAGCGCCCUUCCUGCCGCCGCGCUCGGGCUCUGGAGCAUCCUCCCGUGCCUGCUGGGGCUGCGGGCGGAGGUCGGGCAGCCGCGGGAGGAAAGCCUGUACCUGUGGAUCGAUGCUCACCAGGCAAGAGUGCUCAUAGGAUUUGAAGAAGAUAUCCUGAUUGUUUCAGAAGGGAAAAUGGCCCCCUUCACACAUGAUUUCAGAAAAGCACAACAGAGAAUGCCAGCUAUUCCUGUCAAUAUCCACUCCAUGAAUUUUACCUGGCAAGCUGCAGGCAAGGCAGAAUACUUCUAUGAAUUCUUGUCCUUGCGCUCCCUGGAUAAAGGCAUCAUGGCAGAUCCAACCGUCAAUGUCCCUCUGCUGGGAACAGUGCCUCACAAGGCCUCAGUUGUUCAAGUUGGUUUCCCAUGCCUUGGAAAACAAGACGGAGUAGCAGCAUUUGAAGUGAAUGUGAUUGUAAUGAAUUCUGAAGGCAACACCAUCCUACAAACGCCUCAGAAUGCUAUCUUCUUUAAAACGUGUCAACAAGCUGAAUGCCCAGGAGGGUGCCGAAAUGGAGGGUUUUGUAAUGAGAGGCGUGUCUGUGAGUGCCCUGAUGGAUUCUAUGGCCCUCACUGUGAGAAAGCCCUUUGCACACCACGGUGUAUGAAUGGCGGGCUUUGUGUUACUCCUGGUUUCUGCAUCUGCCCACCUGGAUUCUAUGGAGUCAAUUGUGAUAAAGCGAACUGCUCAACUACCUGCUUUAAUGGAGGGACCUGUUUCUACCCUGGAAAGUGUAUUUGCCCUCCAGGACUAGAGGGAGAACAGUGUGAAAUAAGCAAAUGCCCACAACCCUGUCGAAAUGGAGGUAAAUGCAUUGGUAAAAGCAAAUGUAAGUGCUCCAAAGGUUACCAAGGAGACCUCUGUUCAAAGCCUGUCUGCGAGCCUGGCUGUGGGACACAUGGAACCUGCCAUGAGCCCAACAAAUGCCAGUGUCAGGAAGGCUGGCAUGGAAGACAUUGCAAUAAAAGGUACGGAGCCAGCCUCAUGCAUGCCCUGAGGCCAGCAGGCACAGGGCUCAGGCAGCACACGCCUUCACCUAAAAAGGCCGAGGAGCGGCAGGAUCCACCUGAAUCCAAUUACAUCUGGUGAACUCCGACAUCUGAAACGUUUUAAGUUACACCAAGUUCAUAGCCUUUGUUAACCUUUCAUGUGUUGAAUGUUCAAAUAAUGUUCAUUACAGUUAAGAAUACUGGCCUGAAUUUUAUUAGCUUCAUUAUAAAUCACUGAGCUGAUAUUUACUCUUCCUUUUAAGUUUUCUAAGUACAUCUGUAGCAUGAUGGUAUCGAUUUUCUAGUUUCAGUGCUUUGGGACAGAUUUUAUAUUAUGGCAGUUGAUCAGGUUAACAUUUUGUCUUUUCAGAGUGUAGUUGACAGGUAAUUUCCAAAAUCACAAUGCAUCCAUGGUGUGGAAGGGUUGGGGUACGUUAGAGAAGGUAAGUAGAACAAACAAGCAUAAAUCACAAGGGUUUGGAUGAAACAGUUAAUCGUGAAGUUAUAGCAUUUCAAAUUUUACUGUCAUGUAUUUAGACAUUGUCAUUUUUAAUUGUCCUUCUUUUUAAACUCUCAAUACAAUAUAUUUGACCUUACCAUGAUUCCAGAGAAUUCACUAUUAAAAAAAAAGAAAAGAAGUAACACUGUGGGAGUGGCAUUUAAACAAUAUAAUAUAUUGUGAACACAAUAAAAUAGGGAAUAUAAUGUAUGAACUUUUGGCAUUGGCUUGAAGCAAUAUAAUAUAUUGUAAACAAAACACAGCUCUUACAUAAUAAACAUUUUAUACUGUUUGUAUGUAUAAAAUAAAGGUGCUGCUUUAGUUUUCA